AUGUCUCGGAUUAAUAGUUCCAGUGGUGACAAAGAAAUGAGUAUGGAACUGGUCUCAACUACCACUGAAAAUUCGUACGAGUUGUGCGAAGAUAAUUCCAGGAUGGUAGUUUUAAAUCCUACAAAUUAUCACUCUGAAACAUACGAUGUUGCAAAACCUCAGAAUUCCUUAAAUAUCAAGAGACACGAAGAUUUAGAGUUCCAUGAAUUAACCCAGCCUUUAGCUUUCGAUUCAACUGAGGACCUGCAUGAACUUAUCCUGAAACCUGCUCCACAGGGUGUUACAAUGCAUUGUUGUAUAACUCGAGACAAACGAGGUGUUGAUUGUAGAAUGUAUCCUUCGUAUUACCUCCAUCUCGAAAGGGAAGAUCGGAAGUUUUUCUUGUUGGCAGCUAGACGCCGUAAACGAUCAACAACUAGCAACUAUGUGAUAUCGUGUGAUGUCACCAGUUUAUCACGGGGUGCAAAGUGUUUAGCUGGCAAACUGCGCUCUAACUUUUUAGGUACUCAAUUUACUGUAUAUGGAAAUGAAUGUAAAACAACAGAAAAUGAAAGUUAUAACCCCGCAAGGAAUGCUUCAGAAUUAAUCUGCACAGAUAUUAAUCAUAUAUGCGUACAAAUCGAAGUUAUUAAACACCCUUAUCCUGCCAAACAUUUCUGA